UUCAGAUUUCUUUUGGGUAUUAUCCUGAUUAUUGCCACUUUUGAAUUGCGCCAAGCAGCGUCCUCUGCUAUGUCCGCUAAACAAACGUUGGACGCAUUUAAGCUAACAGAUGGCUGCGACGCCCUCAAGGACCGGCUGCGAUGUUUCCAGCAUAAAUAUCGCACAAUUGAUGGAACAUGCAACAAUCUGUGUCGCAUAAACCAAGGAGCUGCUUUCACUCCGCUGCGGCGUGUUCUUCCAAGUGAGUACGCUGCUGAAGAGCAACCUCGCAACGAAUCAGUAACAGGCCAUCCCCUUCCAAAUACAAGGCGAGUAAGCAGGAGGAUAUUUCAAGGCUUAAAUGGUGAUGAAUUUGGCAACCGACCAAUUUUUACUCACGUGACAAUGACCUGGGGUCAAUUCAUAGAUCAUGACGUCACUCUGACAGAGCUGACACCAAAUAUAGAGUGCGGAAAUAAUACAGCACCGUGCAGUAACACUGAGAACGGAUGCAUUGUAAUCUCACUGGAUGAUCUGAAUUAUAAAGAGAGAUUAGAGUUCAACCGCAGCGCAAAUUGUAUUCCUCUCAGAAGGUCCUUCAGAAAAAACGGUGAACAGGUAGGCUAUAAGGGAGCUGUCAGUGAAAACAAUAUACGUGGCUAGUAGCUGAUGAUGACUUAAUUUAAGUAUUGGUGUUGGUUUUGAAUCAUAAAAUCGUAAAAGAGAGUGCAUGAACAGAGAUCUGCGUCUUUCAGGACACAGCUGCCUCAAAUACAAUCAUUAUUCUGUUUAUCAGAUUGGAGUAAACAGCACAAAAGCAAACUGACUAGAUAAAGAUUUAGUUAUGUGUUACUGCCACUGUUACUGUACAAACGAUUUCGUCAGUCUCCAUGAUUAAAAUGUGGUCUUUGAAACACGAUUUUACUUGAAAUUAUCGCGUUGAAACUGCGUAAACGUUGACAAUUCUGCUUGCCGAAUCUAUUGGGCUGAUCAUGUGAUGCCUGAGAUGCUGGUACAUGUACCACUGUGCGUACGUUGCUACAAUGAGUAAAUAAACUUAUUAUAAACUAGUAAUAGUUGACACUACAGCUGCCCCCGUUCUGUAUAUUGUCGGUCAAUAGUAUUCUUGCUGGUUUUGUAGCUCUUUAAAAUAUACCGAUUCAUAGUGAAGAUUUUCACACAUAUUCCAUACAAUAGGUGAGAUAAAUACAGGAAACGCAAGGUUCCAUGCUCAGUUUCAGUUCGAUUUACACAGCUUUGAUCAAAACAUUCUCAGUUUCGAGCAUAGUUUAUUCUAAACCAUAGGAAAAGAUUUAAUUAGAAGUUGAAUUUUUCGCUAUUUCUCCUUCCCUUUUUACAUUCAGUUCAUUUUAUUUGCCGGAAAGUAAGUCUUAGAAAUUAAAAGGACGUUUGAUCGAUUCACGCUCACGCAUUCUAGUCUUAUUUGAAACUUUUUUAUAACGGAAGGACAUCUGUGAGCAGGGAAUAAGUCAGCACAGAAUUUGAUUGUCGGCGAAUUUCUGUAAAUGUCCGUCAAUCUGCUAGUGAUAAGCUAGCCGUUGUUCACUCAUCUUGCUUGUUUGGGGCUGAGUCUUAUUCCGAUCAAAGAGAGAGAAAGAGUGUCUGGCAAGGUUUCCAAUAUAAAUCAAAGAUUUGUGAACUCGUGUCUGGCAAACUCUCUCCAAGUGUUUAUAUAUACACAGUUAAACGCAGCCACCUUAUAACCUCUCCUGCGCUUAACGAGUGUCUUUUGGUCCAUAAUUUUCAAAACAACUGCUCCAUAGAAUGUCACUGCGUAACGCAAAAGAGUAUCGAAGUAUGACUGCACUGAGCAAAUCGAGAUUUUUUCUAGUAUACUGACUGUAUAUUUGAACUGUAAGUACUGUCCUUAAUAUACGCGCGAGUUACUAGGGUGCCUCCUCGGGAUUUCGCCUCUGGGCGAAAUCCCUGCGGGGGCAACAAUUAUUGGAUGAGAUUUUUGUGAUAUUCGGAAUAAUCGAGGGCGUGAUAAGUGUUAUCUGCCGAGGCUGAUAACACUUACCGAGUCCUCGUAUAUUCCAGAUAUCACUAAAACCCAACCCAAUAAUUGCAUUAUUAUAUAUCAUUUUGAAGACUAGACACCAGAAGGUGUAUACUGGGCUGCCAUAAAACCUAGACUAGACAGAAAUUAUGUAUUGUACGAAAACGACAAGUUUACCACAACAGACAGCUGACAGCGUAUGAAAGGAAGAAGUGACUCUGCUAAACCCAUUCCCAUGCCGGACACCACCCCAACCCACGGGUCUCAUUAAACUGUUUGACUGAAACUAUAAAUAAAUGAAAAUGAUAAUUGAUGGUCUAUACAAAGCAAGCUUAAGGUGGGUGUACCGUGUGGCACGAAAUUUUUGCGGUUGUUUAUUUUUGCGGAUUGGGCAUUUUUUCUGUUUCGCGGAAAGUAAUUUUUGCGACUAGGUGUUACGAAGCAAGAGUGUAGGGUGUUUGUGAGAUGGCGUGAUUUUACUCCUUUUAAACUUUGUUAUUUUUAAAUUAACAACAUAACUGAGCGAAAGAGAACUUGCUGACAGAUCGGAUUAAAACCUAAAGCUUAUAGAUUCAAGAAAGUCACGAUUUCGUGUAGUGUGUGAGCGAGCCACUGUAACGUGAGGACUGAAGCUGUGAAAUAAACCCUGUUUUUGCUUAAAACUGUGAUAUCGUGAAGAACGGCCGUACGGCAUUCACGACACUAGGACACACUGGUUUUUCUUGCUGAGAAUUAGUUUUCAAAAAGUACCCACUACCCAGCAUUGAUAAUAUUUUCGUUCUUGUUAAAGGGGCUGUGUCACGACAGUCCAGUUCAUUUUGCCGGUUUAAUUUUGCCAAUUACUCGCCCUCAAUUGCUAUGGAACUUAGGUAAGCAAAGAAAUUACAUGUAAAAAUCAGAGAUUCAAGACAAACAAAUAUGUCUCCUGAGCAUUAUUUUUGAGGUUGUAUACAGCAGAGAUACACUUUGAAAAACUGUUAGGCUGAACAGUUUUCAAAAACCCUAAUUUCAAUCCGUUUCAAUCUUCUUCAGGUUUGCCCAUCCCUGGCAUCUGUUGUAUCUGUUGUGUUAUUUUAAUCUUCCUUCAAUAUUUUAAUUGGUUAUUUUUUUGUUUCUCUUAAUUUAACAGGAAUUUUGUAAUGACCUCAUUUGGCUGAGUUUCGUGACACAGCUCCUUAAGUACGUGCAAUCAGGGUGUAAUAGGUAUACAGAUUUUCAAACAGUACUAGAGUAUGCGUACGUUAUGUAAAACCAAUUCAUUGUGUACCGUUUUGUUUCUGAAUUGAAGAGGCGAGUAUAUUUAAUACGCUGGAGUAAAUUUUUGCGGGAAAAUGUUUUCGUUUUUUUUUGUUUUGUUUUGGGGGGGGAGGGGGUGAUCGCUGGAAAAGUCGCAAAAAUCGUGAAAAUUAGAACCCGCAAAAAUUUCGUGCCACACGGUAUCUCUAGUUUAUCUGAACUUUUUUCGUUUUGUUGACAGCUUGUCUCUAUAUCUGAGGAAAACAAUAAAAAAAAUCGUCCCGUUCGUAGGAAAAAAGCUUCAGCGCAUCUGAAAUUUUCUUUAAUCGCGUGCAAUACCAUUGAGCUGUAGUUAGAGCGGCGCCCUGAGUUAAAUUGUCUAAACUAAACCAAACUGGUUCGACAUGAAUAGAGUUUUUAAGCGAAGAAAACCUUUUUUUCUCAGUUUGUUAUCAGUAGUAUUUUUAUACACUGCCAACCGACCAGAUGAAAAUGAACUCAUUCAACUUUUUGAACUAUCAUAGAAGGGACAUCUGUACACAGGCUAGCGUGUGCAUAAGAUAAGAGUGUUCAUUCCGGAGGUCAUAUAUAGCGCCAGGAAUGGGCUCCUGGUGGCGCUUUUUAUCCUGGGGGGUACUCCACAUAAUGACCUAUAUGGGGAGGCUCCACGCGAAAGGGGUACCUUUUUAGGCUUCAGGUAUACAAAAGAGUAGAGAUUUCACUAGCUGAAGCAUAUGAAAGGGUAGGAAAAUGCGUCUUUUCGGUCAGUUAAAAGGCCCAAAAGGACUAGGAUCACGACCACGUUGUUGUUGUUUAUCAUACUUUGCAUAGCAUAUAUCUUCGUUCACCUUUACUGUUACCUCGGAAUCGUUGUAAACAUUUCCGGUCAAUUGAUUUGUUUUAUACAUAUUGAAAUAACAACAGCCUCUGUAUAAACAUCUACAUGCGGUAUUAGAAGAUUGAUCACUAAAUACGCGAUUACAAUAAUUGCAUAAAUGAUGAUAAAAACAAAGAAAGAUAAAAUCAAUGAAAUCAAAAAUUAAAUGUAAAAGCACUGGGAAUAUUGUUACCUAAGAGCUGGCUUUUGAAGUACUGAAUUCUUCCAUAAGGCUGUUGUGUUGAUCAAAAACACUGUUGAAUUUCACUGAACCAUUUGCUCGUAAUGUUUACGUACCAGACAGGUUAAGUUAACAGUUAAUUCGGAUGAUUCUUUUAGCGCUUCUAACUAAGUAGGUAGCUCACUUGUUGUACAAGGUUUCCUGAUAGAGACUCACUCGGAAGAGUUCGCUUGUAAAUGGGUCUCUCGCAUAGUAUAGUUCAUGAACUAUACCACUUCGAAAAUGUUCUCUUGCCAUCUUUUACUGUGGGCUAACCAUCAACAGUUUGUUCAUUCGUAUGUUUGCAUUUGUAUGCUUCCACCGAAGAUAGAUUGCUAAUAGCUUUGAGUCGCUUCGAGCUCCUCGGAAUGUACUCUGCUGAAGUCCGCUGAUCUAUUCUACGCAUUCUACGCAUACACUUAUAUCUUGCGCAAGCGCUGAACACGCCAGAGUGCGAUUUGUGCCAGAAGGAAAAACCAAUCCCAUUUUAUAACUAGGCUUGCCACAGGCAGCCCAGUAAAAAUGAAGACAAACACACCACCGCGCGAAACACAGUUUGACAUUGCUCUUGGAAAUCAUGCAUUGCGCGCAACCUACAGAUUAGUCACCAAUCUGCUAGCAGAUGACUAACUAAUCUGUAAGUUGCACAGAUUUCCAAAAUUACCUGUAGGCUCCUAGCCAAUAAGAAAACAGAGAGUGAGUACAAUGUAUAAGUAAUCUGGACGCUGAAACCUUGAAAAAAAAGUGCACUUUUGAUCAGGCAAAUAUUCGACCUCAGUGCGGACUGAGUAUUCUCUGUUUUCACUGUCACGCCAUCAAAAAUGAAAAUCGAAACCAUUCAAUACAGAAAGUCCAGAAUCUAUAAGGAAAUAGAAGAAGAUCAAUAUGCAAAAAGCCUCGCUAAGAAAGUCAGGGCUGUGCGAUAUUUCAUGUGCGAGAUAUUCGGAAAAAUGUUUUACCCAAACUCUUGGAGACGCCAUGCUGGUGUCUCUUUGAAGGACACAGAUGUGGUGGCCGAAAACCAACAGAAACAUCUGUCUUGAGUUUUGCUACAAAAGCGUGAAUUCACCGAUUGAGGAUUCUGAAAUGAAACAAGGAAGUGCAACUAAAUAGCAAAGGAAGUUUAAAGGAAGUCUGAAUAGCAAAAUCUGGGGAAAAAAAACCGGUAACAUUUUCAACCUACAUGAGAGCUGUUCCGGCCGCCAUUUAAAUGCCGCUUCAAAAGCUUUGAAAUUCAAACGUCCUCUAAACGCACAGCGAAUAAGCCUUUCGAACCUAUCAUCUGUAUAAAUAAAAGUAUCAGUAGCUUCUGUAAUACCACAUGGAAGUAAACGCUCAGAAUAAUCGAUAUUUUUUUAGUUUGAAUUUUGGCGACAUCAUGUGAAAACCGUGAAGAAUUCUUUCCGUUUGCCAGGUCAAAAGAGGUGUUUUUUUAUACGACGAGGGUGCGAAAGAAAUAAUCACCUUCAGUUUGAUGCUCCUUCCUCUCUGCUGAAAUAUGGGCCUGUUUACAUGGAGGUGGGCGGCCCCAGGUAGGUGAGGUUACCCGUUUAGGUGGGUUACCCGCCUGUCCAUGUAAUCUCUCAUUUGAAGUUGAUCACGUUUACAUGUUAGGUGGGGUGACCCGCCACAUGUUAAUCUCACCUUUCUGGGAAGCCCCACCUCCAUGUAAACAGGCCCUAAGACGUCAUCGCCGAAUGGCUCCUGGCAUCAUCUAUUUUAGCAUUGCGUAUCAAGAAGUGGUCUAUUGUACCGGAUCAAAUUCUUCAAAAUAAUAGGCUUUUGCCCUAGGUGUUGCUGCCGAAACCACACCGAACAGAUUAGCAUAAUGUUAAAUUUCGACGUGACAACGUUAACGUGUUAGGGGUUGGAGACACAACAAUUACGUCAAUCACCUGGCUGCGCGUGGGUGCAGAGUGAAACAAACAUGUCGAGCGGAACCCUCCUACACUACUAAUUUUGACAUUUGACGUUUUGACACGGGAAACGGUUUUCAGAAGUGGACGGGGAGGUGGGUUAAUUAAGGAAUUUAGAGAGAUGCUCACAGGCUCACCCCGUUCUCUCUUCUUACUGUUUUUGCUCUCUCGCUUUUUCACCGCUUGCCCGCUUUUUUGCUCAUCUUUACUGAUCAAUAGCCGGGCACAGCGGGCUACUCCUUUUCAAAAAAUGGCGAAUCGAAGUUCUUGGCAUGUGCUCUUAGUCUACAUCGGUUGAUAAGCAAGGUGUUUAAAACGACGACGUCGUCCAAGUAAAUAUACCUUGAUGAUCCACGUAGAAGUAAACCGUGCGGUCAUGGGAACAACAGACAAACAAUUACCUUCGCGUCAGCUAAGGCGUGAGCUAAAAACAGAUUUCAUAUGAUUAUCAUGAGGCAAAGGGAUUCACUCCCUUCUCUCAUUCUCUCUUGUGGAGGAGUAGUAGCUCUUUGAAAAUUUGAGAUUUCAACUUAAACAUAAUCACCUGUGAUUAACCGGUCUGUCACAGUAGGUCGUGUUAUUGUCGUUGCUUCAAACAAUGAACAAUCCUGGCCUUGGUUGCUCAAACGUUAGAUAGAGCUAUCCACCAGAUAAAUCACUAUCUAACGGAAAGGCAGGGGCACCCAACGGUAAAUUUUGAGAAAAAGACGUAAAAACAACAACAAAGGAUGAAACUGAGCCUUCUGAAGCCAUUUUGAGCAUUUUGGGAGAUUGCUGGGAAACAUUUAUCUGUUCUUCACUCCCAGCAAGAAUGAUGGAUGAGUUCCCACCUGACUUACUAGAAAGUUUCCCAGCAGACGUAUGUCCAGACAUCACUGGCCAGUUUGGGUGUGGUCAAGAGCCAUAAUGGCUCUUGGUGUGGUUAUAGGGCAAAAUUCAGUCCUUCAGGGGAAGGGAGGGGCCGGUAGGAAAUUGGUGUGGUCUUAGGGUGAAAUUAACCCAAUCAGUGAGGGAGGGGGGAGGAGUGGAAGAGGUUCCUGACAAAUAGGGAAUCCCGUGGAUAGCGUUAUCCACCUAUUGAACAACUGGGGCCUGGUCUUUUGUAAUCAGCCGGGAUACUGAUCCUUAGAGAAUGCUAUUAGAUGCUUCCAUUUUAUAAGUCCUUGACACUAUCCUUUGUGUUAGAUAAACGAGAUAACAGCCUACAUUGAUGCUUCACAAGUGUACGGCUCAGAUGAUGCUUUGGCACAGAGGCUUCGAGAUAAAGAAACAAAGCUGGGAUUGUUGGAUGUGAGACCUUACAUAAACUCCGAUGGCGAACCGAUUCUUCCGGAAGCUGAAGAGGAAGCUUUCUGCAGAUCAACAGAUACUGAAGCAAGUCCUUGCUUUCUUGCUGGCGAUAUUCGAGUGAACGAAAAUCACGGUAAUUGAUUGGUUUAUUUAUUUAUCUAGUUUUUAUUUAUAUUUAAUUAUUCAAGUUCAAACGAAGAGAACAUUCGAGCCGACCAACAACUUAUUGUUAACAAAAAUAAUACAUAAAAACAAACAUAAAGCUUAAACCUUGAAGUUAGUCAGGAUAGGAACAAAGAAAAUAUAUCUUACAACUGAUAUAGAACUAAUCGAUCGUAUUUAGGGAGAAAAUGAGCCAAGACUUACUUGCGCUUUUGAAGACCUAGAGUAAAAAGGUGCUGUCAUAGGGAUGUUAGUCACGCCGUGUUGGUUAUUACUAGUUUUUAAAUGUUUUCUUGUUAAAUAGGUUAUAAUCAAUAAGUUUCCAUUUAAUUUAUUUCCACUGUUUUCAGUGUUAAACCAGUUAAAGGCCCAUUGCCAAAGUUAAUGCAACGCGAUCGUUAGUUUUUGUUUUAAAAUCGCACCUUUAUAAAUGGUGCGCUCUGAUUGGUCAACUCUUUGGUAGGCUUUCUCGCAACUGAAAACACAAAAUAGUCAGAGCUAGUCAGCUGGCGUUGUGUGUUUCCUCAUCUGCCAAAUGGACAGUUCGCCUGCAAGUCAGUAAAUGAUUUCUCAUGGACGUGAAUGAGUCCAUUGAUAUUUCUCAAAUUUACCUAAAAGAAACGCGUACGGCUCCAUUAGAUGCCGAGGGAAAAUGACAAAAUAUACACGUCCAUUCAAGUUUAUGAUUGUCAGCCGUUGUGAAGAUGCAAGGAACUGUUUUUAUUUUUCACAUCUCUGCCAUUGGCAAUAGCUUUUAAUUGGUAUUUUAAACAGGCAAAGUUUAUUGAUCGUAUUCCAGUGCACGGCUACCAAAAGCGUUUGAAAGUUCACAACAUAAUAACUUGUUCGAGUCUUGUUCGGGAAAUUUGUUGAAUAUGCCUUAGUCGUGGAUAAAACUUGUAACGAUAUAAAUCGAAUGUUAUGAAAGUAUGGAGGGCUGUUAAGCAGAAAAUGUAACGUGAAAAUUCAUGAGGUGAUGGUAAACAACGCUUACAAGAUUUACUUAUUUUUUGACAGGUCCGACGCAAACGGCUCGGGUGAAAGUGUUUUGGAACACUAGCGCGCCUGACAAUAGUUUUGAAGGGAUAGCUCGAGCGGUUCGAAUAGAUGACAAUUUUCUUCGAACGGAUAUUCUGUCUGCGAGCCUUUCGAACGGAUAACAAUUUUGUGCGAACGGACAGCCUGAGUAGUUGAAGGAAUGACAUUUCUUUUUCAAACGGAUAGCUAGAGCCAUUCGAACGGAUGACAAUUUUUUCGCGAACGGAUACCAAAUCAGUUGGAAAAGCCUUUCACAACUACUGUAUCAGUAAUUUCGUGUAACACGAAAUUCGCCGGAUUUGUUCACUUUUAUAUGUUUAUCCGUAAUUCAAGACACGAUUCAUUCACAUAUUAAAUUCAACAAGAAUAAUUUUGUAAAAAGUGAUGUUCCUUUUGGAUCCACGGAUAUUCAAAAUUAAUCAAAAGAUCUUUGUUUUAAAAGCAAAUUUGAGCAAUUAAGACAAAGUUUUAUGGCAAACGCCAUUUUUUAAAGCUAUCAGCUGCAAUUUUUUUGACUACAGUAUGUAGUAUUGUACCUAUGGGAUAAUUAUCUUCCGGAGUAAUUAUUUUGAGUUUAGAACUCAAAGAAGUCGUGUCUCAAACUCAUUUUUAUCCAAUAACUUAAUAUAUUGCAUAAAAGAAAAUGUUCCACUUUUUUUUUCCUUUUUUACAGCUUUGAUGGCGAUGCAUACAAUUUGGGUACGUGAGCACAAUCGUAUAGCGAAUUUUCUGCACUUGUUAAAUCCUCAUUGGGGUGACGAAAGGCUAUAUCAAGAGGCGCGUAAGAUUGUUGGAGCUGAGAUUCAACACAUCACCUAUAAUGAGUGGCUUGCAGUUAUUUUCCCAAGUGAAGACCUGGUAAGAACUUGGAUGCGUAAGAGAUAAUUGCUUAUUUAUGAAAGCAUUUAUUCGCGAUAGCUUACAUUUUAGGGAAGGGAGGGGGUAAAGAAAUAAAUAAAACAGUAAAUACUAAAAUAAAUAAGCAAAAACAUAAUCUAAAUUGGUCCAACAACGGUAGCUUAUUCUCGCAAGUCACUAAGGAGACGACUUUGUCGGAAGAAACGAAGACAAGCAUUCCGAACAAAGAGAAAAACCUCCGGCCAUAACAAAUUUGGAUCGUGUGAGGGAAUCCGGUUUGCGGAAUCCGAGAAAUUUUUGCUUAUACAUGUAGAGGCCGGAAUACAACAAGACUGAAAUCCAGUACUUGGAAUCCAUAUUCCAAUAUUGUCUCGGCCCUCACAAGACUCAAACAAACAUUUUACAAUAACUGACUUACACUUUUUUUUAGUUUGCUUUUUUUAUUAUUAAUUGUUUGUCGUUUAGUUUUAAUUAGUUUCAUGCACGAAUCCCUUCUUACUACGAAUCCCUUUCUUGCCUCUUGUUUGGAACUGCAUAAAAAAUUCAAACAGAAAAAGAAACCUACAAAAAAGCACUUUAUUUCCAAAUGUGAGCAGAAACGAUUUGCCAGAUAUCGUAUCGUUCGGUGUCAAAAUCCGAUUGAGGUAAAUAUACAUAAUGACCUUUUAAGGUAGGAAAAUUUGUUCAAGACAACAAUUCUGAAAGUCAAGUUUAUUCAAGUUAACUUCCGAAAGUUUUCUGGAAAAUCUGUGUUUGUCUAAGAAAAGUUGCCCGGCUUUUUAGUCAAUUGAGCUGCAUAGUUAUAUCAUGAUAUUCAGUAUAAUUAUAUCAUUCGCAAGUCUCGACACGUGACAUCCUCAAACGCAUUCCUCCUUGCUCUUUCCCACCUCAUACAAUCAAGCCGUCUCACAGGAUCCCAUCGGCUGAACAGACCCUAGGCAAAUUGAGUUGAACGUAGUAUCUUGAACAUAUCGUUGAACAUACCUUUCCGCUGCCCAGUGACCGAGCCGAAGCACGGCCGAUUUCUAGUGGCGGGUUUUAGGAUUUAGUCUCGUAUCCUCUUUUAGUUCACUUAGGAGACUUCGUCAGAUUUCAAGUUUUUUUGACCAUGCUGGCGACUUAAAUGGAACUCGAACCCAGGCCACUUUGGUUGGAGGUAACAGAGAAUUAUUGCGCUAUUCCCGGGCUGCACCUCCAAUCAUCGCCAGCUUAAUUCACGUGCACACUCACUUCAAGUCAGUGUUCAAGUAAUAAGGAGGUUAUGUUAUCCAAUUAAUUAUAAAGUUUAACCGUCUUUCUUGAAUGUUUUAAGCUUAUUGAGGUUAAAGAGGGGCAUAGUCAAGUAUUCUCAGUUAGACAUGACUCUGGUGGAGUAAACCUUUUCUGCUCUAAAGGGACACAGUCAGCAAUGGGACCGCGCUGACCUUGACACUACUUUUGCCAGUUUGAAAAGCGUUUACCUCAACCCGAAAUCAAAUGUACUCGUCGGAUACAUCUAAAAAUCCGCUUCAAUCUUGCUUAGAGUUUUAUUCGAUCCUCGAUCUUUUACAAAAAACCUCGUUUUGAGCAAACUUUUACUCAUCCUAUGACAUUAUUUUAUCAUAUUUAGUUAAAAACAGUAUCCAAAGGAACAUGAACAGAAGAGGUGGGAAACGCGUAGGUGCCGGGUGGGAGAAAUCGCUUUCGUUUACCAAAAUAACUAAAGAAAUGAAUCAAUAACACUGGCGAGCAAAUAACAGUUAUAUAUAUUUAGAAAAUCGUUGGAAAAGGUUACAGGUGUUAGGAAAAUCAAGCUUUCUCGACCUUGAACCUUCGACAAUAAUCCAUGCAGACUCCGUCAGUACUCCGUGUCAUUUCUCACCUCUACUGAUGAUCGAAUUCAGAAGUCUUCGUCCAAGUUUGGCUUUCCCUGGACAAAUCCAUCGGUAAAUUCCCAAUAAUAUAUAUAUAAAUGAGUGCUCUGAUAUGGCAUAGGGUCUAUAAUUACGAUUUGGGUUUUUAACAAGUUUAACGCUACAAGUUUUGUGUAGUGUAUUCUAGAUGCGCUUCUCACUUUCUGUUUCUGUCUUGUGAUAUGCAAAUCAGCUAAGAAAUGUUUUGAAAUGCGCAUGUGCAUCAGCUACCUGUGUCCCUUUAAACCAGGGCGGAUAAAGGUUGGGCGGUGAAACGAGCGCGUCCGAGCAAAAAGGUGUGAUGCAGUGGACUGGUGCUCUGCUUAGAAAUGUCGCCUGUUUUCGACUUCGGUCAGGGCUUGCGAUGUGGUUUGUACAUUACACACUGCCGCUGUCAUUGAAUUAUGGCGGCUUGAUUUGUUUUCUUGCACUUCUUCCUCGUUCCUUUGUGCUGGUACGCUGUCUCCGAGAGGCAAAUGUUGCUAUUUUUUGCGGGAAGUUUAGUUGGAGUAGACAAACAUCUCUUUGAAAUGGUUUUUUUUAUUACUUCCAUGACUCUACCACUGAAUUAUAUUUUCGUUCUGCUACUCGCCAAUGUCGAUGUUAUUCCAAAACAAAAACAACUAAGUACUGUCUAAAACACGAAGGAAAAUCUCAUCCAUGGCAAAACUAAAAGACAGCAGAUCGUGUUUCACUGUCUAGAUGACGUGUAUUUUAUAAAUGCGUGCAGCUCGUGCAAGGUGAAAUUAUGCUAAUUUCAAUCACCAUCAUCCUUCUUUUUAAUUUUGAAAAAAACAUCUCAUACGUCUUUCUGUUUCUUCGAAACUUCAAAAUUAGUUUCCCCUCAGUUUUUAUUGUUUACCUUGUUUUGUUUUAGAGAGAAAAACGGAGAAAAAACCUUAAAACUAACCUCAAUAAAUUUUGUUUACAUGCGGUUGCCGGAUUUGCAACGCAUUGCGCUAAUCGCCAUGGAGCGUUGCACCCGAGAAGCAAAGUUUGAAGAAGUACAACGCCACUAUAUCAGUAUAUAUCAAUCUAAUUUUUUGUUAUGUUAUAUAAAAUUUAUCCCCCUUUAACAUAUGUAAAAAUUGAGGUUAAGAAGUGUUAAGCUUUUGCAAACGAAGCGGCGAAAGACGAUUAGGUGUUAUUUAGUGGAAGGAGGAGGUAUUCAACACUUUCACAUUAAACUCAAAUUUUGGCAUUAUACGACCAACAAGUUUGACUUAUAGACGAACAGACACAAACAUAUGAAACUGUUUAUUGAUAUUGUUAUGAAACGAAUUUAUCUAUUUAACAUUGUAGCCUGAAAUUACAGAAAGAAAAUGGGAUUUCUGGUUUGCAAAGAGGAAAAUUUCGCCGGCCCUUGAAGCGCACCGGAAGCGCGUAAAGAGCGCUCGUGCCAGUCCUACUCCGCAUCACACAUUAAAUGAAGAGCGGAGCGCUCGUUUCACCGCCCAACCUUUAUCCGCCCUGCUUUAAACUUACUUGUAGCCGUUAAUGAAAAACAACCGAAACUGACCUUCCACAUAAUUCCUGUCCAUAAUUCUUUUUCAGAGAGAGAAACUAGGGCUUUUAUUGGAGCCUAAAGGGAAAUUCUUCAAAGGAUACAAUGUGUCAGUUGAUGCACAGUGUACCAACGCCUUCUCCACAGCUGCUCUUAGAAUGGGCCAUUCUUUGAUCCGCGAUACUUUCGUUCUUUUGGACACCAACUUUGGCAGUGCAGGAUUUGAUAAACCUAAUAGAUUGGAAACCAGAGACUUCUUUAACCCAGAUCGAUUUUACCAGGCGGGAGACAACGCAUAUGGCGGAAUUUUGCUGGGGCUAAUAAGAUUUUUUGCUCAAAAUGUUGAUCGGUAAGCUGAAGGCAAUUAAUCGUAAUAAUUUAUGAAAAUAAACUAGCACUGAUCAGGGAUUGUUGGGUGCGUCCGCAUGUUCGCCACAGCGGAAUUUAUCUGCGUUUUUAAGUAUUUAAGUGUUUGUAAGUAUUAAACGAUGAAGUAAACACAAGACACCAUUAAUUAUGAAAUUUGAAAUUUCUCUACCAGGGGCACGAAAUGCCUUGUAAUCGAGGCUAUCACUAGCCCUGUAUGACAUAUUUUUUCUUCUGGCCGACAAUUAACUAUACUAUGAUUUCCCAAAAUAUGCAAUUCGCCAAUGUUGGAUUAUAUGUUAGAAAUCCAGUACCUAAUAUAGUUUCUUUUUUCUAGUUUCUUUUUUCUUUUUUCUAUAUAUAUCUCUAUUUGCCACUUUGAGGUUGGCUGGGAGACCAGGUCGAGAUGAUUGUCAAAGUGCAUUGUGGGACUGCUUUGGGGGACGAAUUUGCCACCAUGUUGAAAAUGCGUCCCCCAAAGCAGUCCCACAAUGCACUUUGAAACCAUCUCGACUCAGUCUCCAGCGCAACCUCAAAGUGGCCAAUAUGAAAACCUUUUUGAAAAUGGGCAUACAUACAUUUAAAAAAAAUCGUGUGUUUAUCCAUUUUUGUGGGUCUUAAUAAAGACGUAUCGCGUUUCAUGAUUCAUUUUAUUUUAUUUUUUUGUUUAUUUCUUCUCCUUUUAGACGUUUCGUUCGCGCAGUAAGAGAACGCCUGAUAAUUGAAGGAGAACCUCCUAAUGGUAUUGUUGGCGAUCUAACCGCAAUCAACAUGAUACGCGGAAGAGAUCAUGGCUUACCAGGCUACGUCAAGUUCCGAGAAGCUUGCGGGGGAAAUCCAGCCGUUCGGUUUGAUGAUAUCUGUGAUACUAUCCCUAGGACUCAAGUAAACAGGCUUAAAUCUGCUGGCAUUUACAAAAAGGUGCAAGACAUUGAUCUUUUUGCUGGCGGCAUGAGCGAGAAAGCCCAACCAGGAAGUGCGCUUGGUUUCACCUUUACAUGCCUUGUAGGUCGGCAAUUCAAAGAUUUCCGUCAUGGCGAUCGCUUUUGGUAUGAGAGAGAUGAUCAGAAGACCGGGUUUACCCUCGAACAACUUGACCAAAUACGACACUCGAGUCUUGCCAAAGUUAUCUGUGAUAAUACCGAUGAUGUGCGUCGCAUUAAUGCGAAGGUUUUUGUACAUAGAAACGCACCCCGCGCCAAAAAUCCUGUAGUCGACUGCGAUGAUCUGCCGUUUAUGGACUUGACUGUCUUUAAAGAAGGUGAGUACUACUAA